CUUCCACUCUCCAUCUGAACUCCUCUUCAGACACUGACAGUGAUUUUGAGAGUAGCACUGCAGAUAUGAAGGUGACUAUUGCUGUCUUGUGUCUGAUGUGGCUGUGCUUGUGUGAGAGCCGCAGACUGAAACGCUGUGAUGUUGUCCGUAUCUUCAAGCAAGAGGGACUUGAUGGCUUUGAGGGAUUCUCAGUUGGCAACUAUGUGUGCACGGCCUACUGGGAAAGCAGGUUUAAGACCCACAGAGUGCGUUCAGCUGAUACCGGGAAAGACUAUGGAAUCUUCCAGAUAAACAGUUUUAAAUGGUGCGAUGACGGCACUCCAGGUGGAAAGAACAAGUGCAAAAUACCCUGUUCAGAUUUGCUUAAGGAUGACCUGAAAGCUUCAGUUGAAUGUGCAAAGCUCAUUGUGAAAACCGAAGGACUGAAAUCAUGGGAUACCUGGGAAAAUUACUGUAAGGGGCGUAAGAUGUCACGCUGGGUGAAAGGUUGUGAGGAGCACUAAUAAGGCCUUGAUUGCCUCCAGGAGCUUUAAUUAGCUAUAAUGUCCUUAGAUUAUGUGCUAAUGCAUUUAAACUCUUGGUUGAUGUGACUUUUAAAAAACUAAAAGACAUUGUCAUUAUUAACAUUUGUAUGAUCUUGAGAUGUCAAAUAAAACUUCUUCCCAAAUUGUUAA